GGGCCACACAACUUUGCCCGCCAUGGAUUUAAACAGCCUCAAGCAGACGGUCUCCAACCUGACGCUUUACGAUAUCAAGGCUGGCGUGCGCAAGGUACAGAAUGCUGUCAUGAAUUACACCGAGAUGGAGGCCAAGGUGCGCGAAGCCACAAACAACGAACCGUGGGGCGCAUCCUCGACGAUGAUGCAGGAGAUUGCCGAUGGCACUUUUAACUACCAAACCCUGAACGAAAUCAUGCCCAUGAUCUACCGGCGCUUUACGGAAAAGUCGGCCGAGGAGUGGAGGCAAAUAUACAAGGCGCUGCAACUACUCGAGUACCUCAUCAAGCACGGUUCCGAGCGUGUCAUCGACGAUGCCCGAUCGCACAUUACGCUUCUGAAGAUGCUGCGACAAUUCCACUAUAUCGACCAAAACGGAAAGGAUCAAGGUGUCAACGUCCGUCAUCGUGCCAAGGAACUUGCGGAGCUCCUGAGCGACGUUGAUCGAAUCCGAGCCGAACGGAAAAAGGCGCGUGCCAACAAGGGAAAGUUCACAAGCAUGCAGGGCGGUAGCGGAUUUGGCAGCGGGAGUCGUUACGGCGGCUUCGGAAGCGACUCUGGCUAUGGCGGGGGCAGCAGUUCUACGUACGGCGGCUACUCAGGCGGAGUCUAUGGCGAUGGGGGCGGUUUCGGGGGGCAAUCUGACGAGUAUCGCGCCUCGCAGUCGCGUGCCGACAAGUUUGAGGAGUACGAUGAGUUUGACGAGGGCGAGCGACCUGCUGCCUCGACAGCCGCUUCAAAAACCACUCGUGACACAGUGCAAAGAGCUGGUGUCAAAAAGUCCACUGAGCCGCCGAAGAAGAAGGAGCCCGAGGUGGAUUUGUUUGAGUUUGACGAACCCACUGUCCCGGCUACGUCUGCUGCUCCCCUCGCUGGUCCAUCCGCGGGCUCCGGGCUGGCCGCGCUCGCCAGUGCUGCUAAUGACGACGACGAAUUUGACGAUUUCCAAUCGGCAGCGCCGUCCACUGCCCCUCAAGCCUCGCUCACCACCUCGCUAUCCCCGCCCAUCACAGCAGCGGCAUCGAAGCCCAUGUCCGGCUCACAGCAAGCGGGCAUUAGUGGUAUUGCUGCUAUGUCAUCCAUCUCCCCGCCUCCGAGCUCAAUUAGUGGCUUGGCUGGUAACUCCUCGGCGUUCUCCACACCACUAACCACCACGGCCCCGUCACCAGCCUCGCAGGUCCCCAAGUCUGCGGGGUAUCAAGCGACGACGCCGAAUUACUUUUCUUCGGUACCCAUAGCCCCGUCUCAACAGCCUGCAAACUCGGCAUUUGGAGGACCCAAGCCGGCCGGCAGCCCUGCAGUGGGUAAACCGGCCGGGGGCGGCGAUGCGUUUGGUGCCCUGUGGUCCCAGGCUAGCGUAGGCAUCAAGAAGAACACGACAGGCGGCCCUGGACCAGCUAUGGGCCAACUCGCUAAGGAGAAGAGCAGCGCCGGUAUCUGGGGUGCGCCCGCGCCGUCGUCAGCGGCGAAGCCGGCCGACAGCAGUAAGCCUCUGGGCAAUGGUCUUGAUGACUUGCUUGGCUAAGGUACAGCUGUUUGGGACUUUUGACGGGCGUCUACGGAGUCCGAAGUUACAGACUGGAGUUUUAACCCUUGCUACCUUGGGGUCUACUGGUGUUUUCUUUCAGCGCGUUUUCACCAUAAAGCUGCCGUUGUAGUUGAGAUCUGAGAUGCGGAAAUGGCAAUACUGCCUCGGUACAAAAUGCUGUAAUGGUAUACAUUGGAGUUAGAGUCGCGGGUGUUGUUUGCAAUCGUGGGUGAUGGCAACCUUGGUCAGACCCACCGUCUGAUCAGGUCCGAAUGAGUGGUGGCCGCGAUGACAGGCUUGCGACGGCGCUGAUACCCU